CGAGAAAACAAGCAAAGACCUAGCUAGAAGUGAAAGUGUGUGUGUGAAGUGAAGAAGACAUAGCAGUUAGCGCGCACACACGAAAACGAAAGGGAAAAAAAUGGCAGCGGCGUGUUCAUCUUCAUCAUCACCGUCGACGGAAGAAGAGAUAACACUCAAAGUCAAAUGGAGUGGAAAAGAUUACACCGUCCGAGUCUGCGCCGAUGACACCGUCGGAGAACUCAAACGUCGUAUCUGCGAAUCAACCAACGUUUUACCAAUUCGUCAGAAACUUCUAUACCCUAAACUCGCUUCCAAACUCAACGAUGAUUCUCUUUUACUCUCUCAACUUCCUAUCAAUCUCAAUAAUUCAUCUAUCAAAUUCACUAUGAUCGGUACUACUGAAGAAGAUUUGAUAGUUGAUCCGGUGGAAUCUCCUGAGAUUCUUGAUGAUUUUGAACUUCCUCAGGAAGAAGCUGUUGAUAUCAAAGACAUGCAAGUUAACAAACUCAAAUUGAGCAGACGCAUUAAUCACUUCAAGGUUGAGAUUCAAAACCCUUGUCGCCAAGGAAAGAAACUUCUUGUUUUGGAUAUUGAUUACACCCUUUUUGAUCAUCGCUCUACUGCUGAAAACCCUCUUCAACUCAUGAGACCUUACCUUCACGAGUUUCUGACAGCAGUUUAUGCUGAGUAUGACAUUAUGAUAUGGUCUGCAACAAGUAUGAAAUGGAUUAACCUGAAGAUGAGCCAACUUGGGGUUUUGGACAAUCCUAACUACAAAAUCACGGCACUUCUUGACCACUUGGCUAUGAUCACUGUUCAGACAGCUUCUCGUGGUGUCUUUGAUUGCAAGCCACUUGGUUUGAUCUGGGCUCAAUUCCCUGAGUUCUACAGUGCUUCUAAUACUAUCAUGUUUGACGACCUUCGAAGAAAUUUUGUGAUGAACCCGCAGAAUGGUUUGACAAUUAGACCGUUCAGGAAGGCUCAUGCAAACCGAGACAUUGAUCAGGAGCUUGUGAAACUUACCCAGUACUUACUGGCCAUUGCAGAGCUUGAUGAUUUGAGUCACCUUGAUCAUAGUAAAUGGGAGUCAUUCUCGGAAGACACUGGUAAAAGGCGCAGGCACAGAUGAGUGAUAAUGGAAAGCAAUAAGAGGAAUCUGGUAAGCAAGUUUUUCGUUUCAGAUAUUUAUGUUAGAAGUUAGAGCAGAGUGAAUGGCAGAAAGGAGAAUAUUCCUUGUUGCAGCUCUGUGGGAUUACCUAAGAUGGCUAAUACUGCUUGUGCAUUCCUACAUACCAAUUCCUGAACACUACUGUGCUUCUGCACGAGAAAUUAAAUGUAUUUUCAUGAUUUGUUGAGAAGUUAAUACAAAGCUUGGAUUCAUAGUGGGUAUUGGGGUCAUUUCCUUGAUAUAUGGUUGCCAAGGAAAGAUCAAAAUGUGAGAAAAUUGGUGAAAGCUGUAACUACCUUCCAAAUGAUUGAUUUAUUCUAUUUCUGGACAAUGCAUAAUAUGCAAGUUCAA